AUGAAGCUCAUUCUUUCUACGUCAAACCUCAUGCAAAGCGGCGGAACAUCCGUGAUCCGACGACCAACAACUGAAAAGUCCAACGUCGAGCUGAUCAACGCGCUGCGAGCGAAUUUCCAAGCAUCGCAACACCCCGAAUCCAACCCCGCCAAUAACGGCAGCACAACACCGACCAACGCAAAGCGAUAUUUAUCCUGGACGUCGGAACAAGAUGGGGCUCUCUACAUCCCUGCGAAGGACUUCUCGCAACCCGGUCUGACCGAGGAACGGAGCCAGUACGAUAUUACGGUGAAAUUGUUCUAUUUGCCGGGGAUUCCGGUCUCGAGACGAUGCGCGCAUACGAGAGAGGCAAUUGAUUUGGUGUUGAAGGAGUUACAUGUGGAUUCUAUUGAUUUGCUGAUUGUUUCUUUUCCUGGUAUCUUGUUUGAUGCGGAGGAUGAUAGCGAUGAGGAGGAGGAUGUUUCGGAUAACGGGAGUGAGGAACCGGAUGACUUUGACAGCGUGAUUCAGACUUGGAGGACGCUCGAGACUCUGUUGGAAGAAGGCAGAAUUGCGCAGCUUGGUGUGGCGGAAUUCGGCAGUGACAGGCUCGCCCGGUUCUUGUCUCAUACCAAGGUCAAGCCUGCUGUUGACCAGAUCAAUCUUAAGGAUUGCUGUGUCGUGCCCAAGUCGUUGAUUCUCUAUUCGAAGCAGGAGAACAUUCAGCUGCUGACGCACAAUGACUGCAAUGAUAUCCUUCCAGUUGGCACCACGCGGGAACUUCUUGGUCCUGGUGAGAAGGGAGUCGGGAUCCUGGCUUCCUCUCCGAAUGCAGACGAUGGUGUCCAAGGUGAUGUUGAGCCACAGUGGGUGGUCAAGUAUACUGCUGUUGUCAAGGACCGCGGAGUCGUUGAGAACAAGGGGUAUUUUGCGCUUGCUGAUGUAGGCACCUGUGUUCAACCACGCCUGGAGGUUUAA